CGGGAUUGAAUUUUCACCUCCAGACUCGUUUGAUGGAGCUGCACCGCCAAUGGGAAUUACUUUUGGAGAAAAUGCGGGAGAAAGGAAUCAAACUACUGCAGGCCCAGAAGCUAGUGCAGUACUUACGAGAAUGUGAGGAUGUGAUGGACUGGAUCAAUGACAAGGAAGCGAUUGUGACUUCUGAGGAGCUGGGCCAGGACCUGGAGCAUGUGGAAGUUUUACAGAAGAAAUUUGAAGAGUUUCAGACGGAUAUGGCUGCCCACGAAGAAAGAGUUAACGAAGUGAAUCAGUUUGCUGCCAAACUCAUUCAGGUAAAUAGAUUUGUGCGUCUCACAACAUCAUUUUAUUAACUGUCUGGUGUUUGC